UAUAUAUCUCACAUUUAUAUAUUUAUUAUAUAAUAAUUUUGCUUGUGUCUAUUUCGUAAAUUACUCAUAAAUCAGUGUACUGAUUCCAUAAAUAUCGUUUAACAUUUUUAUUACAAUAAUAUUGUAUCUGUUAACAUUAAUAGGACCAUGAAUACGUGAUUUACGACAUUAUUUAUUCAUUUGUUAAUCGUGGCUGCGUUGACGAUAGAUUCGGCGAACAUUUGGAUACAUUUAUAUACGUACUAUCAUCGGUCCAAAAAUCAGGGAAGCGGAAGAUUUGAUAUAUGCUGACUAGUAGUUAUUCACGGCCUAUUCAAUGCGGUCCGACGACGCCGAUAUCGAGGAACUACAGCGGAUACCGCAGCAUAUCCAAGGUCCUCCACAAUUACCGCCGUUAAUUAAAGGACAGAAACUGCAGAGUGGACCGUAUACCAUUACGGUGACUGAUGAAAUGGUUGCUCAGAGGGAAAGAGAGAAUCUGGAGCUGUACAAAGCAUGGAUACGAGAGCAGCGCCGGAGGCACAUACUACCGGAGGAUGACGCCGACGAGUAUGUUGGCGACUUCAAGGAGGCCGCGAUCAGACGGAGUUUCAUCCGCAAGGUCUUUUGCCUCCUUACAUUGCAAUUGACAUUUACCAUCCUCGUUAUAUCUAUCUUCAUGUUUGUAUACGAAGCACAGAAGUUUAUGAUACUGCACUGGUACCUGUGGAUCGUCGCCAUGGUUUUCUUUAUUGUCGCUUAUUGUGCUGUGGCCUGUUCUGUGCACGCCAGGCGAACACCUCCAUACAAUUACAUAUGCCUGUUCCUGCUGACGCUGGGAAUGUCAUACUUGGCCGCCUUCGUCUCCGUGUUUUAUAGCAUUGAAGUAAUACUUAUUGUUAUGGGCAUGACCACAGUUGUCACGAUAAUAAUAGCUCUUGUAGCAACGUUCUCUAAGUUUGAUCUGACAAUGAGACCAGGCUUACUAAUGGUGAUUGGACUAGUUUCGAUCGUGGCUAUUUUUACGAUGCUAAUUAUCCUGCUGUUCACUCAUAUAAUGAUUUUCCGUCUAGUAAUCUCUAUUAUUGGAACACUACUGCUCUGCAUGUAUUUGUACUUUGACAUCCAGACAAUCAUGGGUGGACGCAGAAUAGAGUUGGGUCCCGACGAAGUCGUCUUCGCAGCUACGCAGAUUUACGUUGAUAUAGUACUUCUGUACCAGUACUUAUUGAUGUUCAUGGGAUUUUUUCAUCGAUAACGUCAAACCAAUAUAUUAUAUAUCGCCUUCAUAUACUAUUUUACAUAUAUAUUUGGAUUAUGUAUGUACACACAUACACACAUAUUAUAUUAUAUAAAUACAUUAUUUAUAAUUCCUUACAUAAUCUCUGUGAUACAUAUCUUGCGAAUAGCAGAGACACGAACCAUCUCUGUAAGAUUGUAUUUUCGCUCAGUAAUGCAGUAUUCUGUAAUUUUUAUGACUCGCGAGAUUCGUCUCGCUGGAAUCGCGCCCUAAAUAUCAAGCCAUAUCAAGCCAAGCCAUGCAAAUCGUAUGUUUUCGAGUGCUGUUUUGUCGCAAUUUCGAGCGGAUUUCGAAAAUUAUGCGUUUCUUAUCGUGUCGUAGAUAAAUUUUGAAGAUAU